AUGUUCCGUGCUUCGUCUCGUCUGCGGGAUUGCCGCAUUACCUUCUUCACGCGCAGUCCCUGCGGUCUUUGUGACACCGCGAAAGCGGUCGUGCAGAGCGUGAACAAGGCAAGACCAUUACAGUAUCAGGAGAUCAAUGUCAUGGAGCCGGGCCACGAGAAGUGGAAGCAUGUGUACGAGUUUGAUACACCGGUGAUCCACAUCGACAAGGCGAGCGCCCCCGAAACGACCACCUCAUCACUGAAGCUCAUGCAUCGCUUCAAGGAGGAAGACGUGACCAGGUUAAUGGACGAGGCGGAGCGAUUGUAG